UCGGGUCAGAGUCUGUGGGGUGCAAUGACUGUUGAGUUAUUAUUACUCUUCGCAUUCUGACAGUGCCCCGGGGCGCCUAAACUCCUGCUCUCUAGCGUCCAACUGAGAUCGGCUCGGGGGCGCUACUCCGAAAAUUCAGGCAGAAGCGGAGGAAGAUUGUCAUUCUGAUGCUGUCAGAGUGGGUGAUGAUGAAAAUGAGAGUCCCGCUGAGAGAGACCUGCAGGCACAGCUUCAGAUGUUCAGAGCUCAGUGGAUGUUUGAACUUGCCCCAGGCGUAGGUUCCAGCAAUUUAGAAACUCGGCCUUGCAGAGCAGGAAGAGGCUCCAUACUGAAAGCAGCUGCAGACACCAAAGGAAGGCAGGAACUGGCAAAAGAAGAAAAGGCUCGAGAACUCUUUCUGAAAGCAGUAGAAGAAGAGCAAAACGGAGCUCUCUAUGAAGCCAUCAAGUUCUACCGUAGGGCUAUGCAACUUGUACCUGAUAUUGAGUUCAAGAUUACUUAUACCCGGUCUCCAGAUGGUGAUGGCGUUGGAAACAGCUACAUUGAAGACAAUGAUGAUGACAGCAAGAUGGCAGAUCUCUUGUCAUACUUCCAGCAGCAGCUCACAUUUCAGGAGUCUGUGCUCAAACUGUGUCAGCCUGAGCUUGAGACCAGUCAGACUCACAUAUCAGUUCUGCCUAUGGAGGUCCUGAUGUAUAUCUUCCGAUGGGUGGUAUCAAGUGACUUGGACCUCAGAUCGUUAGAGCAGUUGUCACUGGUGUGCAGAGGAUUCUAUAUCUGUGCCAGAGACCCUGAAAUAUGGCGUCUGGCUUGCUUGAAAGUGUGGGGUAGAAGCUGUAUGAAACUCGUCCCAUACUCAUCGUGGAGAGAGAUGUUUUUAGAACGGCCUCGUGUUCGCUUUGAUGGUGUGUACAUCAGUAAAACUACAUAUAUCCGCCAGGGAGAGCAGUCACUGGAUGGUUUCUAUAGAGCCUGGCACCAAGUGGAAUACUACAGGUACAUAAGAUUCUUUCCUGACGGCCAUGUGAUGAUGUUGACAACCCCCGAGGAGCCCCAGUCCAUUGUGCCCCGUUUAAGAACUAGGAACACCAGAACGGAUGCAAUUCUGCUGGGUCAUUAUCGCUUGACACAAGAUGCAGACAAUCAGACCAAAGUAUUUGCUGUAAUAACUAAGAAAAAAGAAGACAAACCACUUGACUAUAAAUAUAGAUAUUUUCGUCGUGUUCCUGUACAAGAAGCAGAUCACAGUUUUCAUGUGGGGCUGCAGCUGUGUUCCAGUGGCCACCAGAGGUUCAACAAACUCAUCUGGAUCCACCAUUCCUGUCACAUCACUUACAAAUCAACUGGUGAGACUGCAGUCAGUGCUUUUGAGAUUGACAAGAUGUACACCCCCUUGUUGUUCGCCAGAGUGAGGAGCUACACUGCAUUCUCUGAGAGGCCCCUGUAGAGCCUCACCAGCAUAUCACUGCUGCAUGAGCAGAAGCCUGGAGCGCCAGCAUACCUAAGUUAUAUGUACAUACAUGGAGUUGGAACUUAUUUUAAGUUGUUGGAAUUCCUUUAAGAAGAGUAUAAAUUAUUUUUUUUAUUUAAAGGGGUAGUUGAUUCUUGGGGUAAUUUGUUUUGAAAUUAGAAGUUGUUAAGUACAUUUAUGUUAUAAUAAACCUUAAUGUGGGGUUUAAAUCAUGUUUUCAAGCAGGUUUUUGAGCAGAUCUGUCACGUACGCUGCCUUGUGCUUGAACACCCUCAUACUCACCUUUGUCAGGGAGCACACUGGAUAGUAUUUAUUCCCGCAUGACUUAGCGUCUUUGCAUCAGACUCCAUUGUGAAACCUGUUCUGGAUUUGUUUGAGCUGUUUAAUAAAGAUCAUAAACAAAUGUUUCUUUCAA